UCACGGGGGAAGGAGCUCACCACCGCCGCUCCACCACCACCACCACCACCACACAACCACAUGCCUACCAACACCACCUAACCACACACUACCCUUCCCUUCCUCAACCCAACCCAGCAACCAUAAUUCCCCCUGGCCCGUGUCGCCCCCGUAGCGCCGCCCCCAGGCCCCUCCGCCCCCCAGUCUUUGCCGAGGGCGUGGACCAGCGUGGGCGGGGGUGAGGGUGGGCGGCAUGGGUGUAGGGGGGGCGUGGCAAGGGCGUGGGAGUGGGUGUGGGCGAGGAUGAGAAGGAGGGAAUUCAAGGAGAUCCCCAUCUCGCUGCCACCUGAAGAUCUGGAGACAUUCACACACACGCACACACACACGCACGUACACGCCAUCCCGCCGCACGCACACGCCCCCACCCCCGACCACCCCGACCUGGAGUCCUCCCCCGUGGUGUACAGUGCCCCGAGGAACGCCCAUACCCCUGGAAACCGGCCCCAGACGCGACUUAAGACCCCGAUCAAGAACAAGAAGUUGGCCCUCUCAGAAAUCACAACGGAGGUGGUUACUGAUUUCAACUCCACUAAACACCGCUACCACCCGCCCCCCACGGCCCACACCACCACCACCACCUCUGACAACACCGAUAAAGCCCCCGCCCCCCAAAAAAUGGACGGGCAGGGGCUAGAACAGCGUGUGGGUUCGUGGGUGACGGCGCUAAGGGCUGCCCUGGAGUUAGAUGCCUCGGCCCAUGCGACGGAUGCCUUGGCCGCCUAUAACAGGUUGAACCGUCAAAUAACCCGAAGCAAUUUAUGAACAUGAG